GUAUCUAUAUAUUCUUAUCUCAUUAUUCCAUUUUCCCCAUAGAAUUCUCUUUAUCUUCAGCAAAUUCUACAGCCCUUUAAUUUCUUAUACUGUUAGCUUGGUUAUAACUUCUGAAAAUGGAGUUUGAUAGCAGCUUAGAAGGCAUGUUCUUGAAGAUUGCCUUGUUUAUUCUUGUUCAAGCAUUAGUUUAUGUCAUUCUUACUCAAUCUUCAAACAUAUUCUCAAAGACUCCAAGAUCAUAUAGUUUCAAACCGGCUCGAUCCAUCAGUAUUCGUCGAUUGGCUGCUGCGUUAGCCGAUAUACCGGCAGCAAGUGAGUCGCCUUCUUCGGCUCGGGGCUUCCUUAGGUCGUUCAGCCGCAAAGAUUCAUUCUUCUUUGGUGAUAAUUCGUCGUCUCCACCUUCCGGAAGCUUCUUAAGGUCGUUGAGCAGGUCGUUUAGCCGGAAAGAGUCCCCCAAGAAUGAUCAUUCGUCUUAGGCUUGUAUCGCUUCUUUUCUUUUGUAUAUUUAUCCAAACGGAAUGACUCUUUUAGUUACGGUGUGAUUCGACUUGAAUAUAUUGCUCUAAAUGGAAUGAUUCUUAGAUCGUCCUAAAAAUUUUUGCAAGACUCAAUAUUUGGGUUAUAGAACUUCAUUUUUUUUUUUUUUUUCUUUUAAUGAAUAAUGGUUGUAUAGAUUGGUGAAAAUUUCAAUGUUAAUUUGAUUGCUAUAUAUGAGUUGUAUUAUUGUGAA